AUGCAAACUUUACAUCGCCUGCUCGCCUUCUGCUGCCUCCGCGUCUCAUUCAGUUUUCAGUUUGCUUUGCUCUGUUCGCCGUUCACCACCGCCUCUCACCCGCGCGGCGUUUCGAUUCUGAUUGCCACUACUGUUGCACACAAACACACGCACACGGCCGGAGAGUGUGUCCGUGUGCCCGCCACCACCACCACUGCAAUAUCAACGCUCAGGUGGCCCGAAGGAACGUCCCCGUAUCCAUCUAAAUAUAUACCUCCAAGUCCGCUCCUGGCGAGCCCCCCAGUGAAAUCGCCUGAACCGGGCCAAAAAGAGAACCACAUGAGGUGAACGAUAGGAAUUGGCUGAGCGCCAAUUACACACA